AUGUUUAACUGUCUUAAAAACCCUCACUCAAAAGACACAAGGCAAUCACUUCUGACCUUUCAAGCUGUUACCAAUUCUGAUGCAUCUCCUGCUACUGUUGGUGAGUUAGGAACUUGGGUCUUUAAUCAAGAAGCUAUUAGGAAGGCCUUAGUUGAAAUGAUUAUAAUAGAUGAACUCCCUUUUAGAUUUGUUGAAGGUCCUGGAUUUAGGAAGUUCAUUCUGGUAUGUUGUCCUAGGUUUAAGAUUCCAUCAAGAUGGACAAUUAGUAGGGACAUCAAUUUGAUUUAUGAAGAGGAAAGGCUCAAGUUGAAGUGGAUGUUUAGGGGAAACACUCAAAGAGUCAGUAUUACUACUGACACUUGGACUUCUAUUCAGAGAAUUAACUACAUGGUAGUUACUGCUCACUUUAUAGAUGAAGAGUGGAGGCUAAAUAAAAAAAUUAUUUCAUUUGUCCAUGUCACAUCACACAAAGGUGAGUCUGUUGCAAAAUCCCUUGAAAACUGUUUGCUGGAUUGGGGUAUUAGAAAUGUCUACACUAUUACAGUGGACAAUGCAUCAUCAAAUGACUCUGCCCUAGGUUUUUUAAAAAAGAAAUUGAUGUCUUGGGGAACAUCUACUGUGAAGGGCAAGUACAUUCACAUGAGAUGCAUUGCCCAUAUUUUGAAUUUAGUUGUGCAAGAUGGGCUAAAACAGUGUGAUGAUUCUGUGAAGAAGGUUAGGGAUGCUGUAAGGUAUGUGAGAAGUUCACCUGCUAGACUUAAGAAAUUUAAGGACUUGUCUGAAUGGCUUGGGAUUGAAAAGAAAUCUUCUCUGUGUCUAGAUGUUCCAACCAGAUGGAACUCUACAUAUCUUAUGUUACAAUCUGCAGUAUUUUAUGAGAAAGUGUUUUAUUCACUUGAAGAAAGUGAUUCUUCCUUCAAAUCAGAUUUGGGUGAUUCUAUUCCUAACUUUCUUGAUUGGGAGUCUGUGAAGAGUUUGGUGAAUCUGUUGAAGUGUUUUUAUGAUAUGACAAUAAGAAUUUCAGGUUCUUUAUAUGUCACAUCUAACACUUUUUUUUUCUGA